CUUUAUCUGACCUCAAUUUCAUGAACGCGGCGUUUCGGGAUCUCUCUGCUCCAACGCGAUACUUUCUCGAUUCCUUAUCCUUGUGGGCACAGAUACGAUUAACCAGGGAGAGUGCCAAAAUUCCUUGCCUUCUUCUCCCAGGGUUCGUCCCGCGAUGGGCAGCACCAGCGAAGGCCGCGGCUUCCCGAGAUUCGGCCGCGUCGUCGGCGACUACAUGAUCGGGCAGCAGAUCGGGUCGGGUGCCUUCUCCACCGUUUGGCGAGCGCGGCACCGAGUGCGGGGGACGGAGGUGGCCGUCAAAGAGAUUGCCAUGGAUCGACUCUCCAAGAAGCUGCAGGAAAACCUCCUCUCCGAGGUCUUUAUCCUCCGGCGAAUCAACCACCCCAACAUCAUCGCCCUCUAUGACUUCAUCCAGACAUCUGGAAGGAUCUAUCUUGUAUUGGAGUACUGCAAAGGUGGUGAUUUAUCCGUAUUCAUUCAGAACCAUGGGAGAAUUCCAGAAAAUAUUGCAAAGCAUUUUAUGAAACAGCUAGCUUCUGGUUUGCAGGUGCUACGUGACAACAAUGUUAUCCAUCGGGACUUAAAGCCGCAGAAUCUUCUCCUCUCAACAUAUGAAGAAAAUUCUGUCUUGAAAAUAGCUGACUUUGGCUUUGCAAGAUCUCUAGCACCUCGUGGCCUUGCUGAGACUCUUUGCGGUUCUCCUCUUUACAUGGCUCCAGAAGUAAUGCAGUUUCAGAAGUAUGAUGCAAAGGCAGAUCUUUGGAGUGUUGGCAUUAUUCUCUACCAACUUGUGACUGGAAGAACACCUUUUACUGGGAAUAGUCAAAUACAGUUGCUUCAGAAUAUACUCAAAACAAAUGAGUUCUGUUUCCCUUUGGACUGUAAUUUGAGUGGUGAAUGUGUUGAUUUGUGCCAAAAAUUGUUGCGCCGAAAUGCGGUUGAACGAUUGACAUUUGAGGAGUUCUUCAAUCAUCAAUUUCUUUCGGAGCAACCAACCAUUGACACAGCAAGGAUUAAAUCUGAAAUAAGAGAUGACAUUACACUUGAAUGUAGUCAAAAGAGGUUAUCAGGAGAAAUUUCACAUGAUGACAGUCUGCCUUUCCCUUUAGAUGAGGAAACUAAUGUGCAGGAAACAAGUAUUCCUGAUCCCCAGAACACGGGUUCAGUGAGACGUACUACUGGGUUUACUAUUGGUUCCGAACAUAAAAAUCUAUCUUGUAGUCCAUUAAAAGAUGUUGCUGUUCCUUCCAGAUGUAGGGGUCAGACACAUGAUUUUAGCAUGUCUCCUCCACGAAUUGCUAAAGAACAGAAGCCUUCUAAUUACUCCAAUGAUUCUGCAGUUGUGGAUUCCUUGGAAUUUGUUGAUCAAGAUUACGUGAUUGUUCCUAGACCCCCGUUGGAUAUGUCACCCAAUUCAGUAAGCCCCAGUCCAAGCAAUUCACCUCGCAAAUCAGAAAAUUCACCCGUUGCACCUUCUAAAGUUAAUGGACUAAGUGCACCAGUGCCAAUAAUUGGUGCAGCAGGUGGUAAUAGCCAUGCCAUUGGAACCCCGGGAAGUGGUUCUGCAUCAUUAACUUCACAGGGUUCCAUGGACGUGAUUGAUGCUAUAGAGCAGCCAUUGGGUCAUUCCAUGGUGAGGAUUAGAUCAUUGCAGCAGUUUGCAUCUGUCAUAACAGACAUUGUUAAAGAAAAGAUUGCAAAUGGUCAACAACAUGAAGCAUUCUCAGUCCAGCUAUUGGUUCUUGCUAUCUGGAAGCAAACACUGCACAUUUGCCAUGCAGAGGCUUCAUCCACACCAGAUGUCAGUCCAUUUCGAGAACUAAAAAGCCUAAAGACCUGCAUUUCCAACACUGCUGAAUAUUUGAAUUGCAUAGACUCUCAAGUGUCAAAUUCAGUUUGUUCUGAGAUCGAGAGGAAUUUCCUCCUUGGCGUUGAGUAUGCCGAAGAACUUGCCUUAGACAUCAAACAGAAGACUGUACCUACUGAACUGCCGGAUGCAAUUGAGAUAAUAUUCCAAUCGGCCCUUACAUUGGGCAGACAGGGUGGUGUUGAUGAGAUGAUGGGGAACAUGGAGAGGGCAUCAUGUCAGUAUUCAAAAGCAGUAAGCUUGUUGUGUUUUCUUCUAGUGGAAGCUCCAACUCUAGCGCUCAGCCCACCGUUUUCGCCCACCAAUUCAGACCGCUAUCGUCUACGUACGUACAUCGAUGUGCUCCACAAUAGACGAGGCCAGUCCUCGUUCCAAAGGAAGGGUGAUGAUCGAGGAAGUCCUUAAACAUUCUAGAUCAUGCAGUUCCAAUUGUUUGUACUGAUUCUUUAGGCUGAUGUGUAGAAGAUGUCAUUAUUAUCAAUGCAUCCGUCCAAACUGUGAAGUAAUUAGUUGGUGCAGAAACGCAGUCAUCCAAAUGUUGAUAAACCGUAUGGCUCAGUGAAAGAGAGCAACUUUGAUUGUGCUAACUAAUUAAUUAAUUAGUUUUUUCUUGACGCUUCUAGAUUGAUAA